AUGACUCUUUACAUUGAUAAAAAACUCAUUUUUUCUGAUACGAAUGUCGUUACAACCUUAAGCUCAUGGCAUCCUUCGCUACCACUACUUGCUGUUGGAUCUUAUAAUCAAGAAAAAGGCGGAUUUGUAACAAUUUUUCAAGAAAACGGGGUUGCUCUAGAAGGCUGCGAUUGGCCUGUAUUAAUAUCGAAUCAAGUAACUGCACUAGCUUGGCAUCCUUUAAGAAAACUAUUAGUUGUUGGUUGGGAUGGAGGUGAACUUUAUAUCUGGUUGGAGUACUCAUGGGCUCGAUUGGAGGCACCACACAAUGCUGCUUUAACUACAGUAACUUUUAGUGCUGGUGGUGGCAGGCUCCUGGCCUCAGAUGCUGCAGGAUCUCUAUCAGGAUGGCAGUCUAGUUCUGGCGCUCCUUUAACAGCAUUUCAUCAUCAGCUUGGAGAUGUUAUUACACAUGUAAAAUUUUGUGUUCCAAAUCCAACUUCUGAGACAUCUAUAAGAGGCUUAGCUCGAGCUGCGGUUGCCGGAGAUGAAAAUGCUUUGGAUGCCCUGGCUGCUUGGAGGCCUCGAACUACUGCAAAAAUUAGAGAAGGCAUUCAACCUGACAACUAUGCCUGCUAUGCAGCACAAGAUAAUGGUAUAAUUUUAUACAUUGAUCAUGCUGGAGCAUGUUCUGAAGUGCUGAAUGCUGCAGGUAUUAUUGUUUUCCUAGAAAUAUUAAGCAAUUUGUACCUACUAAUUGGUUGGGAAACAGGUGGGGCUUUAAGCCUCUCAAGGUUUGUAAUGUCAAAUGAUGGUUCAUUGACUACAGAUACUCAUGUCAGAAUGACUGCAAGAAAUAGCCAAUGCAUUGUAUUAGCAGGAAACUAUUGUGUAGCAGUUAUUACUGGAGAUAAUUUAAUAAGAAUUUGGGACAGUGAAACUGGUGAUAAUGAUGUCUUGCCUAAUGAGAGUGAUGAAACAGUGGCAGGAGAUAUAUUUACAAGUAUUAGUUACUGCCAUCUAAGUGAUACAUUAUGUUGUGGCACAUCUCAAGGAAACCUAUACCUGUGGAGGCGAGAUCAUAGAAAUAGUUGGAAACUUAUAAGCAGCACCUCUGUUAAAGGUACUGUAAAAGAAGUAACAUGGGGUUCUGAAGGAUUAAUGAAUCCUUUGUUACAUGUAAAUUGCAUAACAAAUGCAUUUAUUCUUCGUGAGCAACAUGUAUGUUGGGGCUAUUCUAACAAUAUAUGGAUGGUGCAAAAAUCUGCUCACGAAAUAGCUAUAUCUGGAGCAGCUAAUGUGUCUUCGAAUAUUGAUGCAUCACUAACAAUAAAAACUUUUGCAUUUAAAGAUAACUAUAUUGUAUUAGGUGAUGGUAAAGAUGUACAAGUUUGGAUGAACAGUAAAGAAAAUGCAACAAAAUUUAACUUCUUGCGUACUUUUCCUUGGAAAACUGACAUUCUUAUAUUGCACAAUGAGAUCAUAGUUGGACUGGGGAACCCUCAUAUUGAGUGUUAUAAUGUAUCAGGGAAUAAAGUGGGAAUUCUUCCAACAUCUGAAGGAGAAGGUGAACCAAUUGCCAUUACAAAUACAAACAAAUUUAUUGUUAUAGCAACAAUUGAUGGAACCAUUAAGCUCGCAGAAAUAACUAAAAAGGGACUAAGAAUGCCAUACCCAUCAAAAAACUGCUACCAUGUGAUUGAAGAUUUUGGAGAAAUUAUGCGUUUAUCUGUCAAUGCUUCUGGCCUUUAUAUCUGUUUAAGUAUUGCAAAUGCAGGUCUAGCUCCUGACCCAAGAAUUUAUUUAUGGGAUGUUGCAAAUGAUGUUAUUAAUAGUACUCUUUUAUCUGAUUCCAAACAACCUCCAUACCAAAGUGUCCCUAUAGCAAUAUUGUGGGACAAUAACGACCCUAGACUUGUCGCUGUUCACAUGCGUUCUGCAGAAUUUGACCAUAUUCAUUUGUUUUUUUGUCAUGAAGGUGAGCUUUAUGAGUACAAAAAUUGGUGUCCGAGUGCCGAAGAUUACUUCACGUCUGAUUUUAUAUUCUGCUCAUUAUUUUCACCAUAUGUAGUCAUUUUAUCUCAGCAAAAUAUUAAAAGAAUAUUGAUGAAAGAAUUUGAAGAUUCUUCUGAAUAUGAACUGAAUAAAUUAAAACAGGUGCUGAAUUUUCUAUAUUUUAUGACAACUGGACAUUUAGAAAAAGCUGUUGUGAUCGGUACUAAUAUAGCAGGCAACAAAAAGUCAAUUGUUUGGGAAAGUUUGGCUAAAGUUUGUGUAUCUUUAAAAAGGGCAGACGUUGGCGCGGUAUGUUUGGGGAAAAUGGGAGAUAUAAAAGGGGCCUUAAUGAUGCGAAAGGUGUUAAAUGAUGACAGUAUGGAUGAUACAUCUAGAGUUGGGGUAUUAGCUGUUAACUUGGCUAUGUUAGAAGAGGCGGAAAACUUGUUUCGGGAGGCUCAAAGACCUGAUUUAAUUACACGUCUAAUAUCAGCAAAAGAUGGUGGGUUAAGUGAAAUUAUUAACGGUGAAAAGGCAAGUGAGAAUGCGCUUCUUAUUAAAAGUGCACAGCACAAGCUUGCCAAAAUAUUAUGGGCAAACGGUGAAACUGGGUCUUCAUUGAAAUUGUUCGAAAGUGCAGGAACUCUUGUACCACAUGUUCCACGAAUGCUAAUAGCCCAAGGUCAAGCUGCUGCAUUAGCUCAAUAUGUUUCAACUUCAAAUGAUAGCAACUUAAUAACAUGGUGGGGCCAUUAUUUGGAAAGUAUUGGCGAUCUUGAUGGAGCAUUAGACGCUUACGCUCGAGCAAAUGAUUUUGGAGAACAAACAAGGCUAUUGUGUCAUAUGGACAGAAUGGAGGAAGCGGAAAAACUAUGCCUAAAAAAUUCUUCAUCAAUGUAUCAAAUGGCACGACAUUUAGAAAUGAAUGCAAAUGCUACGGAAAGUGCCGUUAAGCUUUAUUUAAAAUGCGGUGCUGUAUCAUCAGCCAUAAGAGUAUCAGCGGAAGCGAGUGCAUGGAAUUUAGUAUGGCGCGCUGGAAAUUCAUCUCCAAAGCAUGCUCUAUAUGCUGCAUCUAUUCUUGAAAAUGCUGGACAAAUUGAACAAGCUAUCGCUUUAUAUCAAAAAUCAGGCGCAGCUCACAUGGCGUUAAAGCUAGCAGUGAGUUCUGGUGACACGAAUGCGAUGGUGGCUGCUGUUGAAUCUCUAGGGGACAAAAUAGAUCCGGAGUUGGCGCACACUCUCGCAGCACACCUGCGGAAGGCGGACCAUCACUCUCACGCCGCUGCUCUACUUGCGACUGCAGGAAAGUACGAAGAAGCGUUAGACAUAGUGGAGCAGUCCGCCACUCCCCUGUCGGAGGAGCUGAGCGAGCGGCUGGCGGCGCCGGCGGGCGCGGCGGGGCGCGACGCGCUGCUGCGCCGCCUGGCCGACGUGCUGGGCGCGCGCGGCCUGUACCACCAGGCCGCCAAGCGGCUGGCGCACAUCGGGGAUAAGGCGGGCGCGCUGCGCUGGCUGAUCCGGUCGGACGACGCCGACCGCAUCGCGACGUUCGCGGCGGCGACGCGCGACCGCGCCACGCAGCUGCUGGCGGCCGACGCGCUGCGGCGCCGCGCGGCCUGGCGCCGCCGCCCCGACCUCGCGCGCCACGUGCGCGCCUUCUACGCGCGCGCCCGCGCGCACGGCAAGCUGGCCGCCUUCUACGCGGAGUGCGCCAACAUGGAGAUCGAUGAUUAUGAGAACUAUGAAAAAGCCUUAGAAGCUUUAAAGGAGGCAAUGAAAUGUAUUGCGAAGUCUUCAGAUCCAGAGACAAGCUCCCAAACCAUGGCCCUUCAAGAACAAAGUGUAUUUGUUAAACAAUUUAUAGAUAUGAAGAAAGCUUUAAGUACAGGAGAUAUUAAUGCUGGUAUAUCUAGCGGAAAACAAUUGAUGCGCGCCGUGAGCGGACGCGCAGGACUUAUAUCCGAAGAGAAAAUACUCAAGACUCUAGUACAAUACUCCAGUGACCAUCCUGAGGGUGAAGAACUAGAAAAACAAUUAAAAGCAUUACAACAGCGUUCCUAUGAAGAAAGUACUUUAAGCGAUUCACCAGAGCAAAGCGUGGAAGAAGUUAUA